AUGAAAAAGUUGGUUCUGCGCAUUGUUCGUUUCCAGCAAUGGUUCUGGCAUAGUUUCGUUGUAAACAACAUUGGAUCUUUUGAGAAUCUUUCCCCUUGUGUGAAGGCUGUAAUGGAUUUUUGCCCUGAGUAUUCGACUACAACUUCCAGUUGUGCUAAGAAUCUCUUCCAAUUGCAUUUCUAUCGAGUCAUGUUCCAGAGUGUCUUGAACAGAAGUACUCAAUGAAGCAAUAAACACAUUAUUUGACGAACGAGCUCUGUUUUCUGCAUCCUCCAUCGUAAGCAAUUUUCGGCUAAGGCAACAACAUAUGAAGCUGAGGAGAAGAAAAGCCAGUAGAUAAGGCCAUGCACGCAUGAUAAUCAAUGUUCCAGACACACGUGUGACCGGUGCACAAGACCCUGCCGCUGACCAGCGACAAUAGCAAUCGAUGCUGCAGCAUUGGGUAGACUUCUGGUACGCACAACUCAACUUUGUAAUGCAGGAAUCUUUUGAAAGCGAACUACAAAUAUAGUUACAGCAGCUGCUCAUUGUCACUGAAUGAGGCUGGAGAUUACUGUCGUAGGAAUGCUUGAUGCUAGCCUCUUACGAUUGAGGGGAGGACAGGGCCCGUCAGCCUCGCCUUGUCUGGCCGAGCAAGGGAAGCUUUACCUCUGCGCCUGCGGCUGACGAUGGCCAGUUGGGUACAGCGAAAGGACUCCUUGGG